UGUUCCCGUUCUUAACCCCUCCUCCUCCUCUGCUCUGUGAGAGUGUAAGUUGUGAGAGAUGGGCUGCUCUCUCUCUCUCUCUCUCCGGCAGGGCGGCUGAAGCUGCAGCUGGUAAGUCUGUACAGUGUGUUUUCGGUGAGGAAGAGAGGGAAUUAAAGGAGUUAUAUAAUGAGGACGGGAUCUGUGGAAGAGACGGAAGAUCCGCCAAACCGUCACAUCCCUCCAGAGAUCACAGAGAGACACUACUGUCCUUCUACACAGAUCAACAUGAGGAUAUAACCGAUGGAUGGCAUCAAUGCAGCGAAUAGCUCUUUGAGAGCUGAGAUCCUGAGUAACAGCGUGGACUCUCCUGACACCGCUCUGACCCACUCUUUACUCGAGCUCGGGGACAGCACCAGACUGCUGGGGGUUCAGGUCAUCCUGAUCCUGGCCUACAGCACCAUCAUCCUGCUGGGUGUGGUGGGGAAUUCAGUGGUGAUUUAUGUGGUCUGCAGGUUUAAGACUCUCCGCACCGUCACCAACUUCUUCAUCGCUAACCUGGCGGUGGCAGACCUGCUGGUGAACACGCUGUGCCUCCCCUUCACGCUGGCGUACACCCUGCUGGGGGAGUGGAAGUUCGGACAGGUGCUCUGCUUCACGCUGCCGUACGCGCAGGGCCUGGCUGUGCACGUGUCCACCGUCACGCUUAACGUCAUCGCUCUGGAUCGUCACAGAUGCAUCGUUUAUCACCUGGAGACUCGGAUGUCGAAGGACACUUGUUUUCUCAUCAUCGCGAUCACCUGGGUGAUUAGUGCCGUGCUGGCCAGCCCUCUCGCCAUCUUCAGGGAGUACGGGAUGGUGGAGCUCUCUCCAGGUGAAUCUAUUGAAGUGUGUGGAGAGAAGUGGCCGGGGAGCAGCACAGACGGUACUCUGUACUCGAUCUCUAUGCUGCUGCUUCAGUAUGUGUUGCCGUUAGCCGUGAUCUCUUUUGCCUACAUCCGGAUAUGGAGUAAACUCCGUAACCACGUCGGCCCGGCAGAGCGCAAUGACCGCCACCGUCGCCGGCGCAAGACCACUAAAAUGCUGGUCACUAUGGUAGUGGUGUUUGCUGUGAGCUGGCUGCCCUUCCACGCCUUCCAGCUGGCUAUAGACAUCGACAGCAGUGUCCUGGUGAUGCGGGACUUCAGGCUUCUGUACACCGUUUUCCAUAUUGUGGCCAUGUGCUCAACAUUCGCCAACCCCAUUCUGUACGGGUGGAUGAAUCGUAACUACCGCAGUGCCUUCAUAGCCGUCUUUCGUUGCGAGCAGCGGCUUGAUUCGGUGCAUCCCAAGGGCCGAGACGCCGCAGCCGUCCGGAACAAGACCGUGAAGGCUCUAGAGGCUCAGGACGCUCUGGCUACUCACCUCAGUGCUACAGACGUCUGAGACCGUACUGCAGACUGAGGACUUCUGACCAGGAGCAAUCAACUGGUCUUCAUCUAACUGAAGUGGGGAGCUGUCUUACUCGUACUGAAUAUAUUAUACUGAUAUUAAAAAGGACUUUUAGUACGAAGACACCGAGGGAAUUUUAAAAGAGAAAGACUGUGUGUGCUCUUCCUGUGAAAACCACUCAGCUGGUUAAAAAUGGUCGUCCACUUUCACUGAAAAGGACAUCUAAUGAUAUCACACCCACUUCUGCUUAUCCCAGACCUCCAGUCCCUCAGAUUUAUACAGUGAUUGUAAAGUAUUUCAUGCAGCAUCAUCUGGGGCACUACUGACGCAAACAGCGGUGCACUUUGGGACGGUGUUUACAGCAAAUUAGCCCUCCUUCCAUUCCCACAUUACUGAUGCACACUUACUACAGUACAUACUAACAAGGGAGCACUCUGUGAGAGGACUCCACCACUGAAGAGAGAGAGAGAGAGAUGAUUCCCAGCACCAUAAUAGGAAUGUUUUAAAGAUAGCACAGCCUGUAUUUAUCACAUAACGCUUUCAACAAGUGAGAAAGCUGAAGGAAUGUUACUGAAUUCUUCUGUGUAAUUUAAUGCAUUUGCAUGAGCAGCGAGAGCAACUGAGGCACACAGACAAAUGUCACUGUAUUUAUCUAAAAUAUAUGCUUACGUGCUUUUUACUCUAUCCUGUGUCUCAUCUGCUGUGAAUUUAAAAUGCUACGACUCUACAAAGACAAAUCCUAUCAGCAAUCAAUAGAAAACAUUAAACUCCCCAUAUAUCCUAGUGCAUCUAGCAGAAAUACACUUUAUGAAAUAUACUUUAUUUCAGUAAUUCAGUUCAAAAUGUAAAACUCAUAUAUUAUAUAGAUGGAUUAAACACAGAGUGAUCUAUUUUAAGCAUUUAUUUAUUUUAUUGUUGAUGAUUGUGACUUACAGCCAAUGAAAACCCAAAAAUCAGAUCACAAGCAGAUCACUUUGUGUGUAUCUAUAUAAUAUAUGUUUCACAUUUUUAACAGAAUUACUGAAAUAAAGUAACUUUUCAAAGAUAUUCAGUUUUUUUAGAUGUUCCAGUACAAUAUACACAAGUAAUGUAUGCAGGGCAAAUGCUUGGGUAUCCCAGCAUAACAUAUAUAUUUACUGUUAAUAACAAAGCAAGUGAAAUAUUACCCGCUUAACAAAAGACACAAAGCUAAAAAUGAAGCAUUUUUUAUUGUUUUACAUGAGCAUACAUUUUUUUUAAUUCCAUCAUUUACAAUGUUAGAACACAACCCCAAUUCAGAUACUGGAAAGAGUAAAUGUAAAUAAAAACAGAAUCCAAUGAUUUGCUGAUCUAGUAGACCCAUAUUUUAUUCACAGUAGAACAUAGAAAACAUAUCAGAUAAAUAAAAGUGAAACAUUUUACCAUGUAUUCAUUUAGAACUUCCUGAUAAGUGGUAUUAAUAAUAAACAGCUGUAGUGGGAGAAAUUCCCAAUAACUAAAAAUAAUCUCAAUCUGUGGAAAAACUUCGGAUUUUCAGAAAAAUGUUCCAAAAAGAUUUUGAAUAUCCCACCAUCUACAAUAAUACAUAAGAUCAUCAGAAUAUUCAGGAAAUCUGUAAAAAUCCCUGGGUAGAAGGGUCAAGGCAGCACUACAUUAAACCCAGGCAUGAUCCCUGCAUGAACAAGACUGUUUUAAAUGAGCUUGGUGGUGUUUUCAGAUUGAGUUGAGACAAUAAUAUAUAUAUUAUUA